UCUUGAAGCGGGCAUGGACUUGACCAUGGACCUUGUGGAUCGUUUCCUCGCCGAGCUCCAGGACGGUGAUUGUGCAGCGACCAAGCCGUACUGCCGCAUCCUUCCGGCAUCGGUGUUGUCGUCGCUCAUGGAAUCUGGCGCGCCGCUGCCAUCGCCAGCAGCGUACCUGGACCUUCUCUCGACCGAGAUUGUCGUGCUGCCACUCCUUCAAGGAGACCACUGGAGCGUGACCAUGGUCUUCCGUCUCAAUACAGCUGCGACCGAGCCGGCAACGAUUGCAUUUCUCGACACGUUCGACAGUCGGCACCACGAGCGCACGAUUCACGCCCAAGUGCGCACGUUUCUGUCAAAUGUGCAUCGCGAGAGCCGUCCGCGCAGGCGGCAGCCGCUGAACGUGAGUGAGGUCUACGUCAAGGUGCCAUUUCUGCGCGACCCCAAUGACAGUGGCAUCUCGGUGCUGCUCAACGUGCAGACCACCCUCGUCGAGUACAGCGAAACACGAUCGGCACGCGAGCGUCUCCGCAUUCCAUCGUCAGGCAUCAAUUUAGAUGGAUUGUACCAUCGGUUUUGUGAUGUGGCAGAAAUGGUCCCAGAUAAACGCGACGCGAUGCUGCGGACGCUCCGAUGCCUUUAA